GUAUACAUCUAUGAGAUUAUGAAAUACACAGACACGUCAAUUACAUGUAAAACAGAUUCAGAUAUCGCUAAGAGCAUAGAAAGAGAGAGUUGUGGGGGAAAAAAAUGGUGGUGAAAAACCAAAGUUCGAGCAGGAGAUUUUUUAUGGUUUAUCUUAUACUAGUAUCAUUGUCGUUUUUGGGUUUGCUCUUGAACUUUAAACCUCUGUUUCUGCUCAAUCCCAUGAUCAGUUCUCCUUCUUUGGUAGAGAUUCGUUAUUCUUUGCCACAGCCGGUUAACCGGAACCCGAUAUGGCUCCGUCUCAUCAGAAAUUAUCUUCCCGAUCAGAAAAAGAUCCGAGUGGGUCUUCUCAACUUCGACGAGAACGAGCGUGAGAGCUACGAGGCAAAGGGGACGUCGAUCUUGGACAAUAUCCACGUGUCGCUCGGUCCUCUUCCCAAGAAUCUGACGUGGAAGACUUUAUUCCCGGUUUGGAUCGACGAGGAUCACACGUGGCACACGCCUACUUGUCCAGAAGUCCCUCUCCCCAAGAUGGAAGGUCCUGACGCUGACGUGGACGUCGUCGUUGUCAAAGUGCCGUGCGACGGUUUCUCGGAGAAGAGAGGGUUGAGAGACGUUUUCAGGCUACAGGUGAAUCUGGCGGCAGCGAAUCUUGCGGUGGAGAGUGAUUCGAGGGAUGUUGAUCGGACGGUGUACGUUGUCUUCGUCGGGUCGUGUGGACCUAUGCAUGAGAUCUUCAGGUGUGACGAGCGCGUGAGGCGCGUGGCUGAUUAUUGGGUGUAUAGGCCUGAUCUGAGAAGGUUGAAGCAAAAGCUUCUCAUGCCUCCUGGUUCAUGUCAAAUUGCUCCGCCGCUUCCUCUACCAGGUCAAGAAGCAUGGAUGCGAGACAAGAACAAAAGCCUCACAUCCAAAACUACAUUAUCAACAUUUAGAGCCCAACGUGUGGCUUACGUGACGUUACUACACUCAUCGGAGGUCUACGUUUGCGGGGCAAUAGCUUUAGCACAAAGCAUAAGGCAAUCUGGAUCAACCAAGGACAUGAUACUCCUCCACGACGACUCUAUAACCAACAGUUCUCUCACUGGCCUAAGCCUUGCCGGCUGGAAACUACGGCGCGUAGAGAGAAUUCGUAGUCCGUUUUCCAAGAAGCGUUCUUACAAUGAGUGGAACUACAGUAAGCUACGUGUGUGGCAAGUAACAGAUUACGAUAAGCUAGUGUUCAUAGAUGCAGACUUCAUCAUCGUCAAGAAUAUCGAUUACCUUUUCUUCUAUCCUCAACUUUCGGCUGCUGGCAACAACAAAUUCUUGUUCAACUCAGGAGUCAUGGUUCUUGAGCCAUCAGCUUGUCUGUUCGAGGAUUUGAUGCAAAAAGCAUUCAAGAUCGAGUCUUACAACGGGGGAGACCAAGGAUUCCUGAACGAAUAUUUCGUGUGGUGGCAUCGGCUAUCAAAACGUUUGAACACGAUGAAGUACUUCGGUGAUGAAAGCAGGAACGAUAAAGCACGAAAUCUUCCAGAAAAUCUAGAAGGCAUACACUACUUGGGACUAAAACCGUGGAUAUGUUACAGAGACUACGAUUGUAACUGGGACUUAAAAACACGGCGUGUGUAUGCAAGCGAGUCGGUGCAUGAGAGAUGGUGGAAAGUGUACGACAAGAUGCCAAAGAAGUUGAAAGGUUACUGUGGUUUGAAUCCUAAGAUGGAGAAGAACAUUGAGAGGUGGAGGAAAAUGGCUAAGCUCAAUGGCUUUCCCGAAAGGCAUUGGAAAAUUAGGGUAAAAGAUCCUAGGAAGAAGAACCUUCUAAGGCAAUGACAAGAGCAAGUGAACAGAGACUUUAGAUUUUGAAGGGGAAUAUCCCUAACAUGCAAAUGUGAAUUAUGUAGGGAAAAUCUUAGUAUAGUAAUGGUAACGCAACCUUAAACUUUAUUUUUACAUCGUGAGCGAAUUUAUAAGCAAAGGUUCCUUUUUU